CCACCACUCACGUCGUCCCGCCCGUGCCAUUCCCCGGCCGGCCUCUAUAUAUAAUCUCUUUUACACACACACAUCAAGCACAUUUACUCGUACGUGCACGCGCAAAGACCUCGCCUCCUAGCUCCCAAGUGAAACACACAUCGAUACCCAUGGCAAUAAUGCUGCGGCGGUGCUCUCUCCUCGUCGUAGCGGCGGUGGUGGCCGCGGUUGCGCUGUCGGCGGCGGCGCAGGGUCCGGCGGGGGCGCCGGCGCCGGCGGGACCGGGGAUCAGCGAGGCGUGCAUGACGGCGGUGCUGAACAUGUCGGACUGCCUGCCGUACGUGGAGAGCGGGAGCACGGCGCGGCACCCGGACAAGGCGUGCUGCCCGGAGCUGGACGGGCUGCUGCAGUCCAACCCCGUCUGCCUCUGCCAGCUGCUCGCCGGCGGCGCCGACUCCUACGGCGUCAGCGUCGACCUCAAGCGCGCCAUGGCGCUCCCGGGCACAUGCCGCCUCAACGCGCCGCCACUCAGCGCCUGCGCAGCUUUUGGAGUCCCCGUGGGGCCUUCUGCAGCAGCGCCAUUAACAGAUCUCUCUCCGGGCGCAACUGGACCACAAAUGCCUGAGAACCCGCCGUCCGCAUCGCCGUCCAAGUCGGGCAGCCACGCCCCUGCUGCCGGCUUCACCGCCGCCGGCCUCGUCGUCCUGGCCGCGAUCGCCGCCGCCGCGAUGCUGUAGACCAACAGGAGUUUAUCCUCCCCAGUCCCCAGAUGAUUCUUCUUCGUCAUUCUUGCCUACAUUCUCUAUUCUCUCUCGUUGUUGUGUUAGUGGAGCAUUGUUGUAAUGACGAUUCAUACGCACGAUUAUUCCUUGCACGAGAAAUUUUCUGCUUCGUUCCUUGUAAUAACCCUUUCGGUGUAAUUUGCUAGAUUAAGAUUUGGCGACACGUUUGCUUGUAUA